AUGACAUCCAGCGACAACCUCCAAUCACAGGUAAUCGGCCUGAUACUCGCCUUUCCAGCAGUAGCGACAGUGGCGGUGGUCUUGCGUAUAUGCAGUCGUAUAUACAUAGCCAACUUUGCUCUUGAAGAUGACUGGAUAAUCUGUUUUUCGGGGAUUCUUUAUUGGGGGGAGACAAUAUCUUCUUAUUAUGUCAUAAAAUACCAAUAUCUCGGCUACCACAUCUGGGAUAUUCCGGCCGACUCGCCCCAAAUUCUAGGCGCUAAAUAUGCCUACGCAACUGAGAUUCUUUACAACCCCAUCCUUGGGCUCAUCAAGACAUCUAUACUGGUUUUCCUCCUUCGCCUGUCAGGACAGAAGAUUGCAGUGCGGAGGACAAUCUGGGUUAUACUGGUGCUGAAUGCAACCACCAUGGUAGUAACAUUCUUCGUGAUUGUGCUGAAUUGCAUCCCUAUCGCCGCAGUCUGGGACAAAGCGUCGUAUCCCGACGCAAAAUGUCUAAAUUUUGCAAACAUUGUGACAGCAACAGCAUCAGCGUCCAUCAUUACAGAUGUUCUGGUGCUCAUGCUUCCCACAUGGAUUGUGUAUAACAUUCGCAUUCCCCAAAGACAAAAGCUCAUGCUGGUGGGGGUAUUGUCAUUUGGGCUUUUAGCUGUGAUAGCAGGUAUUGUCCGCGUCAUUCUCCUUGAUCAUUUUGACCGCCACCCCCCGUAUGAUUAUACAUACUCCCUCAUUUUUUGCAUUUCAACCAUCGAAGUCAGUAUCGCAUUCAUCACCGCCUGUGCACCGUCCCUCAAACCCCUCGUUGUCAAAAUCAUACCCCACUUCUUCGCGUCCAAAGGCCGAAGCGACGCAGAAUACAACAAGCGGAGCGGGCCAGGGUUAGGCCAGAUUGUCUCCGCUCAGCAAACAAACUGGAAUCAAGAUACAGACAAGAACGGGAUUUUGAUGACUACAGAAAUGGAGGUUCGAUGGGAUGGCGAUGGCAGCAGUUCCAAGAACCCGGGCGACGGAAAUGAUGGUGACCGCCAAGGGGACAGUGCAGAGAGUUUGUUCCGGUAUCCAUGA